AUGUGUGCCGCCGUCGAGGCCGCGGUGAAGAAUCCCACGGGUCCCGCCGACAGCAAUGCGGGCAAGAUGGAGGACGACAUGGUUACCGCGUCUUUCGAGGCGGCGCAGCUCUUCAACGACGAUGGUCGGCCGCGGGAGUUCGCGCCGAGCGCGAUCGCCAGGGCCAUGCCGGGACUGCUGGAACAGCGGAAGGCACGCGAGUACUGCGACGUCGUAUUCCGCGCCCCCGACGGCGGGGAGAUCUGGGCACAUCGAUUCGUGAUGUGUCACAAGUUUUCGGGUUGCUACACGCUCUUUGUUGUUGCGAGGGAAAGCAUGACUCCCGAGGAGAAGCAGGGCGUCUGGACCCGGCCAAUCCGGGCGGUGAUCAACGACCUGGAAGGCGACAUGAUCGAGCUGUUGGUCGACUUCGCCUACCAGACAUCGUUGUACGAACGCGUCGGCACGCACAACAUCGCCAAAGUGCUCGAACUCGCCGUAACGAUGAAGAUAUUCCCGAUUCGAGAUCACUGCCUGAGGAGCCUGAAGCAGAACCUCGAACCGGAGAACUGCGUAGACACUUACCACAUGGCGGUUAGCUACGGAUACGACAACCUCGCCAGAGAAGCGUUUCGCUACCUGCUUCGCAACUACGAUCAGGUGUGGAAGAACAGCGCGCAGUUCGAGGCGCUGACGCCAGAAGAGAUGCGUGCCGUACUUGAAGACAACCGGCUGCACGCACUGAGCGAGGUGGAGGACACCUUCAGGUCCAUCCUCAAGUGGAUCUCCGCCGACGGCGGCGCGAGGAAGAUGUACCUCGCCAAGUUCCUGCCUCUCGUUCGUUUCGUACGGUGUACCGUCAUAGACUUCGAGAAGGUGAUCAUCAGCCCAGAAGUCCAGGGUGACGGCGACAGCCUGAAAGUGCUGAACGUCAUCCACCAGACGCUGACCCGGCACUCGAUGGCGGUCGGCCAAGUUGCCGGCAUCGACCUGUCCCCGAAGCUGUGGCUAACGCCUCGCCUGCCCAAGGACAUCUUGUUCCUCUUCGGUGGAUGGACGUCGGGCGCCACCAACCACAUGCAAACUUACAACUGCCGCGCCGAAAAGUGGCGCUUCUUGGGCAGGCAGUACACCCCGCCCAGGGCGUACCACGGCGUAGCAGUGGUCAACGAGUGCAUUUACGUCGUGGGCGGCUUCAACGGCCGCGAGUGCUACCAUUCCGUCGUGUGCUUCGACGUGCCCCUGGCCAGAUGGACCAGCAAGGCGAAUAUGGCGUACCCACGCUGCUACGUCAGCGUUGCCGUUCUGCAGGGCUAUAUCUACGCCAUGGGCGGCUUCACCGGGGAACUGCGCACAAGUACGGUUGAACGGUAUGACGUGAAGAACGACCGCUGGUCCAUGGUAGCCAGCAUGAUGGAAGAGCGCAGCGACGCCAGCGCCGGAGCAGCUUGCGGGCGCAUCUACAUGUAA